UCUAUUUUGCUAUUGUUUCGACAGUAUUGUUAAUCCUUUCAAUCAAUCCAUUAUUUAUUUAUUUUUUUUCAUCAAACAUUUUUCGGUAGUCUUUCUUAACAACUUUGUGCAAGUGGGAGCGUAUUACUAUAAGUUUUAGGACGAGUUACUUGGCUGGAUGAAAAUGGAGGAACAGAAUCGAGAUUCGACUUUAUGCAAAGUAUGUGGGGAUAAGGCAUCGGGGAAACAUUAUGGUGUGCCGAGCUGCGAUGGAUGCAGAGGAUUUUUCAAGAGAUCUAUUCGGCGACAUGCGAGAAAUUUAGAUUAUGUCUGCAAAGAGAACGGCCAGUGCAUAGUGGACGUCUCUCGGCGAAACCAGUGUCAAGCCUGUCGUUUUGCUAAAUGUCUAGAAGUGAAUAUGAAGCGAGAUGCGGUACAACACGAGAGAGCUCCGAGAAGUACUUCGUCGUUGGUUAGUGCAGUGAGAAGAGCACCCUCGGCGAUAUAUCCGGCUGUAUCACACGUCUACCACACCACUGCCACUCCAGCCUACCAUCCCUUACUCUAUUCAGGGCUCUUUCCAUUCAAGCCGACAGUAACAACUUUUACUCCUGCCCUUCCCCACUUUUUGCACCGGCCCACGCCGGAACCUCUGGCCACUGCCGCCGCUGCCGCCGCUGCCACCGCUGCCGCCGCCGUCGCCAAGGAGGACGAGGUGACAAGCUCUGAGGAGGCUAACAGUAUUCGCCCUUGUGAACAACAAAAAGAUACAGUCGGCUGCUUCAGGAGUUCCCUUCGACUAGCUCCACUCCCAGGAAUCGCCACAACAUUAACAGAAUACAGUGUCUCUACUCAACCACUUCUACCCCCUGAAAAUGUUUAUGAAUCAGCCGCGAAGCUUCUAUUCCUCGCUGUCAAAUGGGCUCGGAGUAUUCCAUCAUUUUUAGAGUUAUCAUUCAGAGAUCAGGCUAUUCUUCUCGAAGAAUCGUGGAGCGAAUUAUUCGUGCUGACAGCAGCCCAAUGGAAUUUUACCAUGGAGGAAUCACUGUCAGUGUCCUUAAUGCUUCUUCCAACCGAGAGGCAGCAACUCAUAGCUGAAGAACUUAGGAGGCUUCGAGAAUUACUAGCAAAAUUCACCAUCAUGCGGGUUGAUCAUUCUGAGUAUGCUUGUUUGAAGGCCAUUGCCUUAUUCAAAGGAGAGUCCAGAGGCCUGUGUGAUUCAGGUCGGGUUUCUGCCCUUCAAGAGCAAACAGUGACCGUAUUGGGGGAGCGUGGAGCCGGUAGAGUGGGUCGGCUUCUGCUCCUGUUACCCCCGGCACGAGCUCUCUGUCGUGGAACCUUGCAGGAAUUGCUCUUUAAACCAACAGUCGGUGAUGUCAGUGUCGAGAGACUUCUCGGAGAUAUGGUUCGAGCAACCAGGCCCUCAUAA